UCCAUUGAACAUAGAGGAGCGAUUUGUGGGCGGGGCAAGAUUCCAGCAUGGAAGGAUGCACUUGGGCCGCUGAGUAAAGAAAGUUUUCAACUACGUUAUACUCUAAUUAUUCUGCGUGUUUAUCCUAAUGAUAUAUUGCUACACACUUAAGAUGGACUCCUGUUAUUUUGCAGCUUGUAAUUGUUCAGUGAACUUAUCUCCGUUGUCAACUAUCAGUCGAAAAAUACGAGGAUAAACUGUCUUUAUUUUGGCGAAUAUGUCGAGCAAGUGUCGGUUGUUUUUCUAAAGUGGAGUGUGUAUAUUGAGUGGAAGACUGACGUCACUCAGAUAGCCGGGUCCAGUCUGGAAAAAUGACGCCUGGAUAGGAAUGUUUCUGUAGCAAUGCUCAGACACAUCUACUGGUUCUGACAAGAGGGCAACCAUGUGGGACAUUCAGAAUUGAUGGACACAAUAAAACGUUGCCAAGAUGUAUAAACAAGUGGAUUCUUCUUCAAGGAGGCGGACUAGAGGUGGGAGUGAUCCUCACAGGCCACAGUCUCCUUCCACCUCCUCGUUCCAGCAAGGUCGUAUCCGUGCUGUGGAGGUAGCCAGAGGACGGACGGGGUACGGAUUUACUCUGUCAGGUCAAAGUCCAUGCGUCCUCAGCUGCAUUCUGAAAGGAAGCCCGGCUGACUAUGUGGGUUUACGAUCAGGCGAUCACAUCCUCUCUGUCAACGACAUCAAUGUCUCUAAAGCAUCGCAUGAAGACGUGGUGAAACUCAUUGGACGGUGCUCGGGCAUCUUAAAGCUGGUGAUUGCGGAGGGGGAGCGUCACAGGCGACACCCACAUCAUCACCAACACCACCACCAUCGCAGCAUCGGAAGCCGUCACCACAGCAGCAGCGCCAUGGGAGCAGCGUACCUGGAUUCCUGUUCUAGCGAUGAAGAGUUUGACAAUUUCUACGACAAUGGUGGCUACUACAACAAUAGCAGCAAGACUGGUCGUGGUUCACAAGGCGCUUGGAUGAAGCCCAAGAUGGAUUCCAAGCAGCUGGGCAUCAACAGGGCAGAGAAGGUGGUGGCUGAGCUUCAGUCCGGUGGAAUUUUCAACAUGAUCUUCGAGAACUCCAGCCAUUCGUCAAGCAGCUCGGACAAAGAUAGAUCAUCAGCCAAACCUCGCCCACUGUCUGAGCCAGACUACCCACCUUAUCGGAAACCUUCCCGGUCUCACAGCAACCCAAUACUUCUUUCGGAGGAGGAGAUGGCUCAAGUUCUAAAUGACGAUUCAGUGUUUUUGGACUCAGACUUCCAUCAUCUGAGCCUUCACCACCACGAGCAAGAUGCGGAUGUAGGAGAAGGAGGUGACUUGAUUCUUGAGCCCAGCGAGGGCAUCCUCAACGUAGGCAUGAUUGUGGGCUACCUGGGCUCCAUUGAGUUGGCUUCCACCGGUACAAGCCUGGAGAGUGACAGCCUGCAAGCUAUCAGAGGCAGCAUGAGACGCCUCAGAGCAGAGCAGAAGAUCCAUUCACUGGUCCUCAUGAAGGUCAUGCACGACUGCGUGCGUCUGUGCAGCGACAGGGGGCAGAUUCUAGCAACUUACCCUGCAGAGAAACUGGCUUUCAGCGCCUGUUGUCCUGAUGACCGGCGCUUCUUCGGGCUGGUGACCAUGCAGGCCACCGAUGAUGAGUUCCAUUUUCUUCAUGGGAUGUAUGACGACGGUGGGUUGAGGACCUCCUGCCACGUGUUCAUCGUGGACCCAGACCUCUGUCACCACCAGGUUCACUCUGGAAUAUCCAGGAGGUUUGGCUUCGAAUGCACCCCUGAUCCUGACACAGGGGGCUGUCUGGAGUUCCCCACAAGUUCUCAGCCUCUCCUUCAGUUUGUGUCGGUCCUCUACCGGGACAUGGGGGACAACAUUGAAGGUGUCCGGGCUCGGGCUUUCCAUGAUCCUGACAACGAUGCUCAGCAAAACCACAGCACGAGCAGCAACAGCGACAGUGGGAUCGGCAACUUUUUGCCUGAGGAGAAGAGCAACAGAGUGCUGUUGGUUGACCUUGGAGCUCCCCUGAACCAGCAUGUCUCCGGGGGGUCACGGCACUGGGAAAACUCCUCAAACUCACAGCAGGCAUGGAGCCCCACCCUCGGAGCCGCACCUUCUCACCCUCAGCCUGGUCUGAGAAAUGGCCACUUCCACUAUGAAUCCCACCAGGAUGAGAUCCUACAACCUCUCCCCCUGGUACACUCUGAUGUCCAGGGCAGACACUCCCGAGGGGUGCACCCUCAUCACUACCCUCCUGGACUAAGAGGAGGGGCCAUGGGAGGAGGAGAGAAGAGAGGGGCUGUAGGAGGAGUGAGUGCAGGGGUGGAGUCGCAGCGCUGGCUGCCCGUCCAUGUGCUGCGGGACUGGCAUCAGCAGCAGCACCACCACCACCAGGGCCUGAACAGUGAUCAGGAGUCGUAUGCCGAAUCCACUGACGGAUGGUCAUCAGCCAACUGCAGCACCCUGCCCCCACCCAUGAGUAAGAUCCCAGCUGACCGAUACAGGGCCCCGCUGGCCCCAGGAGACCACCUGCCGCCGCCUCCGGGAGCCACACAUGCCCCGUCACACACUCAACAGCGGUUGACGGCGAUGAAGGAGGAGUGGGCCAAGAGCCUGUUUGGAGCUGAUGAGCGGGACAGAGAGAGGAGGGCAAGAGAGAAGAAGCGUGGCAAGACAAAGGAAGGAAAGGGAAGUCGAUUCCGUGGGUUGACCAUGGGUUUUCCUGCGAUCCACCCGCGCUCCUCAGCCAGGCGCUCCUUCGGUCGCUCCAAACGUCUGAGCAUGGCACGCUCCCUUGAUGACCUGGAGUCUGCUGCAGUCUCCGAUGGAGAACUGAACAGUGUGGAACUGCAGGGCUGCAGCAGUGACAACAGCCUCAACAGUAAUGCCAGCCUCCCCAGUGUCCAGAGUCACCGACGGCACACGGAGAGGAGAGUGGCCAGCUGGGCCGUCUGUUUCGAGAGACUUCUGCAGGACCCGGUGGGAGUUCGCUACUUCUCGGAAUUUCUAAAGAAGGAGUUCAGUGAGGAAAACAUUCUGUUCUGGCAGGCCUGUGAGUUCUUCAGCCACGUCCCUGAGAAUGACACCAAGCAGUUGUCUCAGCGGGCUCGAGAAAUCUACAACAGCUUCUUGUCCAGUAAAGCCACCACUCCCGUCAACAUCGACAGCCAAGCUCAGCUGGCGGAUGAUAUUCUCAACGCACCGCAACCUGACAUGUUCAAGGAGCAGCAACUGCAGAUAUUCAAUCUGAUGAAGUUUGACAGCUAUACGCGCUUCCUCAAGUCUCUUCUGUACCAAGAGUGUAUGUUAGCUGAGGUGGAGGGCAGGCCCCUUCCGGAUCCAUACCACAUUCCGAGCAGCCCCACCUCCAAACACAGCACCACCGGCUCAGACCGCUCCAACCUGUCCACUCCUAAGAAGGAAGACAAAAAGAGCAAGUCGGGGCGAUCGCUCAACGACGAAAGUCGAGAUGAAGGAGGAGACAGGAGGAAGGGAAUGUUCUUUUCCUGGUCUCGCAACAGGAGCUUUGGCAAAGGACCCAAAAAACGAGAGCUGGCUGACCUGAAUUACAAUUUGUCUGGCAGCAAUGGUAGGCGUGAAUCUCAAGGUUCCCUGUCAUCAGGAGCCAGUCUGGAGCUUGCAACAUCAGGCUCAGGCAGAAAUGAGUGUGAUGGCGCGGUGUCUGCGUCAGCUGACCGUAAAGGCAGCAGCGCCACCUUAAGGCAGUGUAACAUCAGCCUGCCCGACGGGUCCUGUUGCUCGGUACCACUGAGAGCCGGAGUGUCCAUCAGAGAUCUGCUGCUGGGCCUCUGUGAGAAACUCUGUGUGAACCUGGCAGCUAUCGAUCUCUUCCUCGUCGGAGGGGAGAAGCCACUUGUUUUGGACCAAGAUUGUAUGACGCUUUGCUCAAGAGACCUGCGAUUAGAAAAACGCACUCUGUUUCGACUGGACUUGGUUCCAAUAAACCGGUCAGUGGGCCUCAAAGCAAAACCCACCAAACCAGUGACUGAGGUUCUGAGGCCCGUCGUUGCCAAAUAUGGCCUGCACCUCUCAGAUCUGGUGGCACGGAUUAGUGGGGAGUCAGAACUUUUAGAUUUAGGUCUUCCGAUAUCCAAUCUGGAUGGGCUUCGAGUGGUAUUAGACAAAGCAGAACACACUUCUGGAAAAGGUGCGCCAUCUAAAGGCCACGGUCAGCCUUUCACAAACAGAAACCAGUCAACAACAGGCGAGGACAGGCCAACACAGAAGCCCGGGUCCAUAAACCCUCAUGGGGAAAACGGCAAGGCUGGCCCCAGCAGCCGGCCGUUACCAAACCACUCUGUCUCUCUCCUUAAGGCUCCGGAGAAACGAAAGCAGAAAACCAUUAAUAUAGAUGAAGCAGAAGAGUUCUUCGACCUCAUAUCCAAAGCUCAGAGCAACCGAGCCGACGACCAACGAGGCCUGCUGAACAAAAGUGACCUACAGCUCCCAGACUUUUUGCGUCUGUCGCCAGUAGCAACGAACCAGGCGGCACCUCCUCCCUACUACGCUGAGCCCAGUUGCUCCACCCCUAAUUCCCACAACCAUAACAACGGCAGCUUCCCCAGCAGCGGUCGCCAGGGCAACAGCAUUGACAGGGGAGGAGGAAUCUGUUUGCUUAAUUCAAGCCAUCAGUCCCAGAGUCUAGAUUCGGCCAUGGACAGCCGAGGGGGGAGGAACGGCAGACCCUCUCCGCUAUUCCCUGGGACGAUCUCUCCCAUCCACUCAGCCCGGGAUGCCUGUCAGCUGAGGGACUCGGGCAGGGGGGAGUCAUGCCAGAUGCUGGAGGAGGACACGCUCUCGGACCUAACUCUAGUGGGAGAGGGGGACAUCAACAGCCCCUGCCUCAACUACGUCACCCCGUCGUCGCUGCCAAACAAAUCCCAAGCACGAGCGCAGGAUAGCCGGCCAAGCUCAGGUACCUCCCCUGUGUGAACUUUCCUCUCCACCUAAUUGCAAGUGGGACCUUGCAAGUUCACCCCAGAGCGUGAACGAAUGCAUCCACCAAUCCGUCAUUGGUCCUGUCAAACACCACGUCAAAAGAUCUCAAGACGAUUAUUGGAUGCAUUGGUAACAACCCGCCACCAAAAUUCCCUGAGUGGAGUGUUUGAGCUCAGUUGCUGUGGAUCUUUAUUGAAGUUGUUUUCUGGAGGGUGAGAGGACUUCAGUGCGAAGCCUUGCCGUCCUCCUUGUACAGAACUUCUCAAUGCACUUUAGCCAAUUAGAAGACAAGUUGUAUCUUUUCUCUUCUGUUAAAAUUCAACAAAGUUAGUUCUCUGCUGGCAAACUUAUCAUAAUCAGCCAGGCAGCGCGCCGUGACGGACCCAGCGACUGCUCUCCGGUGUCCUUGCCGACUCUUGCUUCUGAAGGUGCAUAUUUGCUCAACCGCGUCCUCGAAUCUUCUCCCCCAGUUUCUGACAAAAAUCAUUUGCUCAACGGGAUGUCUCCAAAAUCUUAUUCAAUAAGACACAUUUACUGUCUUUUUUCCAAACUUUUUUAAAAUUGUAUUUAUUCAUUUAACAUUCAUGUCCAGACUGAGAACUGCGUAAAAUUGGUGUUGCUCAAUGCUGUAUUUAUUUAUUAACGUUUGCCCAUCGAUGGUAAAGGUGAUGCAGAAAAAAAAAAAAACAAACUUCAUGCCAUUCUGUUGGCCAUUUUGCCUCAAACUCGACGCCAUAUUUGUUAUGAUGGAGGAGCGUGAUGUUGAUUUGGCGACCAUGAAACACACCUUUGUCCGAUUAGUUUACACCAAGUUUUGGUUUCCUCUGCCACCUGCACGCCAGCUAGCCAAAGCAUUUUGGGAAUCUCUUUUUUUCUUGAUCCAAGAGCAGCUGGUGAGGUCACAGCUCAUGAAAGCUGGAGUGGCCUCUCUGGACGAUAACAUAUCCGAGCAACAGCUCAUGUAUUUGAAUGCUAAAAGCCGUUCAGAUGACCUUCCAAGUGCUCUGGUAAGUGCGAUCCACCCUUCAUGUUCCAUUCAUCUUUUGUGAACCUUAGACGUGCAAGUCCUGCGAAUGCAAGGGGUUUUCAAGUUCAUUCGGGUUAGUUGCCGUGAUAAACAUUUCUAGCACUACAUCGCCUUCUGUAUUUUCUGUAUAAUAGUCCUGAGAACACAUUAAUUUAUGAUUAACCUGUACUGUAUGAGUUAACAGUGUUUAUUUGUACAUAGUGAAGAUUGUAAAAAGCAGUGUUACUAUAGUCACCAUUGAAGCGCAGCGCUGCCAAGCCACCUGACUUCGCUGUUGUGUUGGAAUAUUCUCUAUCUAUGCUGUCUGUACAUAGAGCAAAUAAAUGUUGGAGGUGAAACGUUUCUCUUAACGUCAUGUGAUCGCUUCAGUUCUUUUCUCCAUUUCCUCUUUGUUUCCUUUUUCUUGACUGGAAAAUAUCGUGAUACCUUCGAUGUCUUCAACUGGUGUGUACUAGAAUUAACCCAGCCCAUGUGGUUUUCUGUCCGUAUGUGGGUGGACUGACCUGUCUCGGCCCGAGUCGCUGGGAUACCUCACGUUUUUGGGUCAACACUUUUACGAUAGCUGAGCAGCACCACUGAUGGAAAUCCUUUGUUUUCCAUGAGUUGGAAUGUGAUGAGCUCAUUUAUGUAGCCCAUUUUUUGUUAUCGUCUUCCCCUUGUUUUAUGAUGGAGUACAAUUUAUGUACUUUGACGCUCAACCCCGACGCGUCAUGCUAAAAUUAGCCGCUAAUAAUGACAUCAUUAAAAGGGAGCUGUGCCAUGCGUCAAGUCCGCUGUGUAAGACGCUUGAUAGAAAUGCAUCAAUUACCCACUAAUGUCCUCCACAGUGUGUGUCUGUGGGGCAGGUCUUUUGUUUUGGGGUACAAAGGGACCAGGCAAUUAGAUAUGCAUGGGUUCUCUUCUGCACCGCGCCUUGUUAGGCAAGCUUCAUCAUGCUGGGCUCUUUGAAAGCCCCAAACAAAACUGUCCUCUGUUUCCUUCCAGCACACACACACACACACACACACACAUUUGUUUCACUAUUUUUGUGAGGACAUCAUGCUUUCCGCAGCCUCUCACCCCUAACUUAACCAUCUAAAACUUAACCAGGACUCUGAACCAAACUGAAACCCAAUUGUAAUAAACUAAUUUUACUAGUGUUUUAACCAUCUAACCCUUGUGAGGACAAGCCAAAAUGUCCUCACAGGAAGGUGGCUUGUCAAGAUUUGGUACUCACAAGUAUGGAAAAAACACACACAUUCAAACACACUUGAAUUUCUGUCCUUAUAGGGACAUUGUGUGGUUUCUCAUUGCCAUAACCCUUUCCCCAGCCUCUUGAGGUUUGGCUUAACGUCAUGGGGUCCAGGCAGAUGUCCCCUCAAAGUCUUAUGGCCUUCACAAAGAUAGUGUUAUGUCAAGAAUUGGCUCAUACAAAGUUGGAUAAACAGGCACACACACACACGUGUUCACACCUUUGUAUUGUAAAAUGAAUCUUAAUAUACAGCUUAAUCCAUCGGAAACGAGUGUGUAAUACACUGGUUUCCUGUUUGAAUUAAGAAGUGUUAGAUCUCUGAUAAAACAAUGAGGAGCUUCUGAGUGUGAUGGCACCAGUGUGGCUUCCGCGGUAAUUGCAUGGGAAAUCCUGCGACACGUUGGCUGAUCUGGUUUAUUUUCAAUUAAGGGUCUCAUUUCUGGGAUCAGUGCCCACAUCCGCUGGCCGACCAGCAAGUCCCGGAGAGUGCAGCGAAGCCCUCGCUGUAGAUGGCUCCAUCUCCUUCUUACAUCUUCAGGCUGCUCUUAGAGAGAGAAAAAUGACGUGUCGCGUCGUGAGCGGGUUUUUCGACAAAAUGAUAGAGCUGUUAAAAGACUAGGCUUGUCUAUCACUGCGUCUGGAUGCCCGGGGGGUUCCGGCAACGUAAGAGAUUUGAAAUAUCUGAAGAACUACACAUUAUAUUCAAUAACCUUCAUCAUCGCAUUCUGCUAGUUCACACCUUUUAAGUACAGACAUGCACCGUGAAGCAUCACUUACCAGUGGAACCGAAACUUGAAGUUCUUCUAUCUCCAUGGCACCUGAUAACUCAACAUAACUCUGGGUAUUGCUUUACUUUUGACAGACAACUACACUGUUACUCCACACGUACUGUAUUUACAACUAUGAGACAUGCAUAGCGUGACAUCAUAAACAAGUGACAACGCCAACAUACAGGUUGGAUUCAAUCAUAAGGUUCAUCUUUUUAUGUACCUAAGUGUUUCAUGUGUAACAACAGCUUUUAAAGCCUUAAUUUUAAAGUGUCAGGUGGUCAUGAAAACGUAAAAAAAUCCCAGUGCAAAACUAGCGCAACGUCAUCAGAAGGUGUCAGACCUCACAUAUGCUUAUAGCUUAUAUAGAGACGUGUGUUCUACUCUCUUUGCUGUGUUGCACGUUCUCCCUGCAUAUGUGGCAGCAUGCUGCAGCGCCAUCAUCUGACUCCGCUCUCCCACAUGUCCCACACAUGCAGAGACUCAACGUGCAGCAUAUUUGAGUGUUUUCCUCUAGUGUGGAGUGUUUGCCGUGACAGUGAGUGUCGUCUCCGUCCGUCUUCUCAGUCGCGUCUUUCUCCUCAGGAAGAGACAGGUGGAGAGGAAGGGAAAGUGGAGGAGGAAGUUCGGGAGUUUCCAACCGAAGGACCACAUCAUCGGCCCGUUCCUCUCCUCCUCCACUUCCACCCA